CCCUUGCAGCUGAUUUCUCAACACCCCCGACACAACUCUGCUUCUGAAAGUCGUCCGCAGCCCAUCGUCCGCAAGUAUGGAGAACACAGUGACCUAUAUCGGGAUUGCAGUCUCAUCUGUAGCUGCCCUCGUCUUUGCAUACGCAAUGGGUCUCUUUAGUUGGAAGAACCACAUGCCCGUUGAGGGCAAGACGAUUCUUCUGACCGGUGCGUCGGAAGGCAUGGGACGCAGCGCGGCUCUCAAACUAGCAGCGCGUGGCGCCAACCUUGUCGUGGUCGCCCGCAACGGUCAACGUCUCGAGGAGCUAGUCACCGAGCUCAAGGCUUCCGCAAAGAACCCCCAAACCCAGCGCUUCACCUCCCUCACAGCCGACAUUUCCAAAGAGGGCUUCGCCGCCCCGCUCCUCGACAAGGCCACGGCGUGGAACAACGGCCGUGCCCCGGACAUAGUCUGGUGCGUAGCCGGCAUGGCCACCCCAGGCCUCUUCGCCGAAUCCCCCUUCUCGGUGCUGCGCCGCAACCUCGACGUCAACUUUUACGGCACCGCCGAGCUCUCGCACGCCGUCCUGCGCGCCUGGCUCGCACCCGACGCCGACGCCGACGCCAAACCCAACCCCAACCGCACCGACGCCGCCGCCACCCCGAAACACCUCAUCAUGACCAGCACCGUGGCCGCCCUCUACCCGGUGGCCGGCUACAGCCUCUACAUCCCCGGAAAAGCGGCCCUGCGCGCGCUCGCCGACACGCUGGCGCAGGAAGUGCUGCUCUACCCGGGGCGCGACGUCCGCGUGCACGUCGUGUACCCGGGCACGAUCACCAGCCCGGGGUACGAGCGCGAGAACCUCACGAAGCCGGGGAUCACGCACGAGCUGGAGGACAUUGACCCCGUGCAGACGCCGGACCAGUGCGCCGAGGCGGCGAUCCGGGGGUUGGAGGCCGGGCAGUACUUCGUCACGGUGGCUUGGCUGGGGCAUCUCAUGCGGUGGGGGGCUCUGGGGGGGUCGGUGCGGAAUAACUGGGUUGUCGAUACGCUCAUGGGGUUGCUUACGCCUUUGGUGUUCGUCUUUGUGAUUCCGGAUAUUUUUGGCAAGGUCAAGGCUUAUGCGAAGAAGCAUGGGCAUCCGAGCACGUAUAUCAAGAACGUGCCCUCUUGAGGUGGGGGGGGGGAAUUUGUAUCCAUACUGUUGUAUUCAUACGUAGUCAUUGAUACCCGCAUAGAUAGACCAUGAGACGGCUGAAGAGGACUUGUGAUUUGUUCGUCUCUGUUUAUGGAU